ACACCUUCCUCAAACACCAAAGAAUGGUACACAUCGAAAUUAGGGCCUUAUUUCGACAAAUACACCAUAAAACAAAUCCUUUUCUAUUUGACGAAAGUGCCCACACGCGCCUAUGCCGUACAGCAGUGGCUGCCCCUUUUGUUCGCUGGAGUUCCUGAAUUAUUCCUAUCACAAUGAAAUUACUAGGAUAUUGUGUUGUCGUGUAAACCAUUUACCCCACAUUUCUUGUGAUAAUAUAGUAUUUUAUAUGAUUAAUACAUCGAUCUGCAAUCGUCCCAUUUACUGAGCUGGAGUGAGAAAUUUUGCAGCACGCAAGCUUGAGGAGCCCUGAGUAAUGUAAGCUUGAACAGCUCCUGUCCCAGCAGUGGCCAUCGGCACAAUGGGGCUGGACUUUGACGUGAAGACUUUCUGCCACAACCUCCGAGCCACCAAGCCCCCUUACGAGUGCCCAGUGGAGACCUGUCGCAAGGUCUACAAGAGCUACAGCGGCAUUGAGUACCACCUCUACCAUUACGACCAUGACAACCCCACGCCUGCACAGGGCAUGCCCCAGAAGAAGAGGAAGGGGCGCCCCCCUCGCAUGUCCCUGGUGGGGACCGGGGACGGGGAGGGAGGGCUGGGAAAGGGAGGUGGGCCAGGGCAGGCAGGGAACACCCCUGGGAGUCCUAAUCAGUCAGAGCACUCCCACUCCCCAGGCAGGGAGACGAUGACCUAUGCCCAGGCCCAGCGCAUGGUGGAGCUGGAGAUCCAUGGACACAUCCACCGCAUCAGCAUUUUUGAGAACAUUGACGUGGUAUCGGAGGAUGACAGUGAGGCCGAGGACCCUCCAUCCUCGGGCGGAGGUGGGGGAGGGUUGUGUAAUGGGGGCGACAGCGGGGGAGGAGGGAGUGAGGUGGGGGGCAAGGACAGACCAGACACCCCUGCUGCUAAUGGGGGGAAGGCAACACCUAAGUCCGGGAAGCACAAGAGUAAAGAGAAGAAGAAGGAGGGAUCGUCACACCACCACAGCGCUUCCUCUGGCCCAGCAGUCAAGCUGCCUGAGGUGGUGUACAGAGAGCUUGACCAGGAGAGGCCCGACGCACCCACACGACAGUCAUCUUAUUACAGGUACAUAGAUAAGUCGGUGGAGGAGUUGGAUGAAGAGGUGGAAUAUGACAUUGAUGAGGAGGACUAUAUCUGGCUGGACAUCAUGAAUGACAAGCGGCGUAGUGACGGGGUGACGCCCAUCCCCCAGGAGGUGUUUGAGUAUCUCAUGGACCGGCUGGAGAAGGAGUCCUACUUCGAGAGCCACAACAAGACGGACCCCAGCGCCCUGAUCGACGAGGACGCCGUCUGCUGCAUCUGUAACGACGGCGAGUGUCAGAACAGCAACGUGAUCCUGUUCUGUGACAUGUGUAACCUGGCCGUGCACCAGGAGUGUUACGGCGUGCCCUACAUCCCUGAGGGCCAGUGGCUGUGUCGCCGCUGCCUGCAGUCCCCCAGCCGCGCCGUCGACUGUGCCCUCUGCCCCAACAAGGGUGGGGCCUUUAAACAGACGGACGAUGCACGCUGGGCACACGUGGUGUGUGCCCUCUGGAUCCCCGAGGUGUGUUUUGCCAACACAGUCUUCCUGGAGCCCAUUGACAGCAUCGAGCACAUCCCCCCGGCGCGCUGGAAGCUCACCUGCUACAUCUGCAAGCAGCGCGGCUCAGGGGCCUGCAUUCAGUGCCACAAGGCCAACUGCUAUACAGCCUUCCACGUGACCUGUGCCCAGCAGGCCGGCCUCUACAUGAAGAUGGAGCCCGUCAGGGAGACCGGCGCCAAUGGCACCUCAUUCAGCGUCCGCAAGACCGCCUACUGCGACAUCCACACCCCGCCCGGUUUAGCACGCCCACUCGGAGGGGUGGGAGGGGCUAGCAUGGGCUCCUCCCACAGUGAAGGCGAGCUGGAAGAGGACGAUGAGCCCAGUAUAGGUCACGAUGACGACACCAAGGGCUGGAGCUCAGAGCGGGCAAAGAGGGCCAAGGCCAAGUCCAGACUGAAGAUGAAGAGAGCCAGGAAGAUACUGGCUGAGAAGAGGAACGCUGCGCCUGUGGUGUCUGUGCCCUGUAUACCCCCACACAGGCUCAGUAAGAUCACCAGUAACCUGACAGUGCCCAGGAAGAGUCAGUUUAUGCAGCGACUGCACAGUUAUUGGACCCUGAAGAGGCAGAGCCGGAAUGGUGUCCCUCUGCUGCGCCGGCUCCAGACCCACCUGCAGUCACAGCGCAACACGGAGCAGCUACAGCCGCAGCCGCAGGCGCCACAGUCGCAGGUUACCACGGUAACCACCACACAGUCUCUGUCUGGUGUUGUUAUCACAGCGAGGGACAGUGAGGAGAAUAACUUGGCUCUGAAGGAGCAGUUGAAGGCAUGGCAGAGACUGAGACAUGACCUGGAGAGGGCCAGACUACUGGUGGAGCUCAUCCGCAAGAGAGAGAAACUCAAGAGGGAGACAAUCAAGGUGCAGCAGAUGGCGCUAGAGAUGCAGCUGACUCCCUUCCUGGUCCUGCUGAGGAACACACUGGAACAGCUACAGGACAGAGACACCAGCAACUUCUUCACUGAGCCUGUCCCCCUGGCCGAGGUGCCAGACUACCUGGACCACAUCGAGAGGCCCAUGGACUUCCAGACCAUGUGGAACCUACUAGAGGCUCACCGCUACCUCAGCUUUGAAGCCUUUGAGGCAGACUUCGGCCUCAUCGUCAACAAUUGCCUCAAAUACAACGCCAAGGACACAGUGUUCUACCGCGCUGCUCUGCGCCUCCGGGAGAUGGGUGGGGCUGUGAUCAGGACUGCCCGCAGACAGGCAGAGCGAAUCGGCUUGGACUAUGACACAGGUAUGCACCUCCCUCGAGAGCCCAGCCCGGACAGCCAACGUGACAGAGAGAGGGACAGGGACCAGGAACGAGAGAGGGACAGGGACCAGGAACGAGAGAGGGACGGAGACGGAGACAGGCCGCUCUCUUCCAAUGAGGAUGACCUGCUCUUACCAGAGAACCGGCGGAGGCUGCCAUUGGAGGAGCAGCUGUGUUUCCUUCAGGCGCGCUUUGAUGAGGUCAGCUCAGGGAAGCACAGCAUUGGUCGGUCGCGGCGUGCCAAAGCCCUGAGGAAAGAAAUGACGGUCAUCAAGAGGAAACUUGCCCACCAGAGAGAGGGAGGCUCGGGCAUGGGGGGCAGGGACUCAGGGGGCGGGGGGGACAGGGGACCAUCCCUCCCCCAUCACCCCUCAUCCACGGGACGCCACGACGAGGGGGAAGAGAGCAGCAGUCAGGAGAUCAGUGGCAAGGAUUUAAGUGCAUCGUCCUCGGCUCUAGCUCCAGAGGUGGGACGUCGUACCUCUGUCCUCUUCUCCAAGAAGAACCCCAAAAUGGCCGGACCCCCCAAGAGGCCGGGCCGUCCCCCUAAGAACAGAGACGCUGGACACGGAGGGGCAGGGGUGAGCCCCAGUCCAAUAGGUCCCCCUCAGCUGGCCCUCUUGUCUCCCCCUCGGCAGAGGAAGAGACCCCACAGCAGCUCCAGCUCCGAGAGCGACAGUGAUAUCGACAACCUCCUCCCGAGCCUGCCCACUAACGGUUUUGGCGGGGCCAACCAGCCGGUGACUGAGAGUUUUCGGGUGUACAGGAACGAGAGGAGCCUUCCUCGAUCCAGCUCUGACUCUGAAUCCACCAGCAGCAGCAGCAGUAGUGCUGCCUCUGACAGAACCAGUACCACUCCGUCUAAGCAGGGCCGGGGGAAGCAGUCGUUCUCUCGUUCAGCCUUCCAGGAGGACAGCAGUGAGGAGACAUCAGGGACAGAAAACGACUCCUACUCUGUGGGAGGGUCACGCAGUGUCUCACACUUAGGGUGGGGCCGGGGCCGAUCAGGUUGUAGGACGCCAUCAGAUGACUACUCUUCCCUUGAUGCUCUGGACCUGGUGUGGGCCAAGUGUAGAGGCUACCCUUCAUACCCUGCUUUGAUCAUAGAUCCUAAAAUGCCCAGUGAGGGGGUAUUCCACAGAGGGGUUCCUAUCCCCGUGCCCCCUCUGGAUGUCCUGAAGCUGGGGGAGCAGAUGACCCAAGAGGCCCGGGAACACCUCUUCCUGGUACUCUUUUUCGACAACAAGAGAACCUGGCAGUGGCUGCCGCGUUCUAAGCUGGUUCCUCUGGGGGUGGACCGGGAGCUGGACAAGGAGAAGAUGCUGGAGGGAAGGAAGUCCAACAUCCGCAAGUCAGUGCAGGUGGCCUACCACCGCGCCAUGCAGCAUCGCAACAAGGUCCAGGGAGACCCCAGCAGCGACACCAGCGACAGCGACUGAGCACUCGCACACAUAUGCACACUCACACAGAUAUGCCCAACACACACAGAUAUGCCCAACACACACACACGUCUUUGCUGGCCUCCCCAGGUAUUGAUAGGGUAUUGGUUUCAGAUCUGUGGGUUUUGAUCUACCCUGUGGCCUUGGAGAGCCUAGCACCCAGCACACAGAACAAUAUGCCAGUAAUGCCUAUUGGAAAGCACAUGCAACACUCUCUUUCCAACACACACACGUUGUUGGCACACACAGUGGUAUUUAAUCUGAGAUGUAAAAUAUGUAUCUAAGAGAAUUGAAACAAAGGUAUUAAGAAAAAAUGAUAUUCCCAGAAUCAUGAUUCUGAUAUGAGUGUUUACCAGCGACUGAAGAACAUGGGCUGCAGAAGGUCGCAUCACACAGAUAUAUGCACACACACACACACGCAUAUAUACAGUUGAAGUCGGAAGUUUACAUACACUUAGGUUGGAGUCAUUAAAAUUUGUUUUUUCAACCACUCCAC